UAUUUGAGGAAAUGGGAUCCAACGUGGAGCUGGUAUGGCCAGAGGCAGAGGUAUAUUCGUCACGGGUGAACAACUGCUCACAUGCAAAUUCAUCUCUAGCUGCAAUUCGAGCGAAGUUGAGUGCGGAACAAUUAGAACAAUUCAAGACAUCAUGCUUUGGCCAUCUUCUGAAUAUAGAUAAGAUUCAGUUUAGCGGACAGAUUGUGCAUGGGGUUGUGUUGCGUAGAGUAGCGGGGCAGGGUGUGAAAGACUUGGAUGGACUGAGUUUCUUAUUAGGGUGUGACGUUGCUCAGUUCACUCGUCAGGAUUUCUGUUUGAUCACAGGGCUUCGUUUUGGGGAAGUGCCUGAAGUUUCCAGUGGAGAGAGUAAUGAAAUCAGACUUCAGAAAAGAUAUUUUAUAGACGAAGGAAUUACAUGCAAUGCUUUAGAAGAAGCAUUUGUGAGGUGCACAGAGGAAGAUGACAUCUACAAGCUAGCUCUUGUUUACUUUGCUGAGUUAGUGGUUUUGGGAAGGGACAAACAUUUGAACAUCAAUCUAAAUUACCUGACCCUUGUAGAGGACUUGGAUGCGUUCAACAGGUAUCCGUGGGGUUCGGUGUCCUUUGACAAAACCCAAGACAGUCUAUUUUCUGCACCAACAAAGUAUGUGAAAAGCUUGGAAAAUGAAGAGGGAAGAGGGAAGGGGAAAAGUAAGGUAACGGGAACAAGCCGGAGAAAUGAGAAGGGCAAGAAGGAUAAGCAUGGUGAAGCGCAAAGGAGUGGCUGGAGUUUUAAAGGUUUCACGUAUGCUUUCCAGAUUUGGGUAUAUGAAUUAAUUCCUAGAAUGGCGGACCUGAAUUACUGCAAGGUUGUUGAUCCGACUGCUGUCCCGCGUAUUUUGCGAUGGAGAACUACUACGUCUGUUCCAGAGAUGAGAAAGUUGAACAAUUAUUUUUUCCAGAGCAAAGAGUCAGUUCAGUUGCGGGUGCUACGUCCAAGUGAAGAGGAAAUGAGACAGCCAUAUUGGAGUUGGCCACAGGAUCGCCCUGCUGUUGUCUCGGCAGAGUCAAUUCCUUCUUCAUGUGGUGAUCUUGAUGAGUUGAACAAGGUGGUCCUCAGUUUGAGCAGGAAGUAA